GCGAAAGUUAAGAAACACCUACCUCAUUUAGACAAGGUACUAUUGACUAGUUCUCUAAAAUCCAUAUGUCAAACGAAACGUCGUCGUAGAUAUGCAUUAAACGCCAGAAAAACGGUGGCUCAAACGGCGGUAAAAUUAGUUGUACUCGGAGGAAACCACCGUUGAGUUGAUCUCCGGUAUCGUAAAUGCCGAGCUCAUGUAGUAUUAGAGCUCUCUGGAUCCUCGUCAAUCAAGACACCGUUGUUUUCUCCCGGAGAUUUCCGGUUGCGGAGAAGAGGUGGCGGGCAGCGUGUGAGAGAGAUAAGAGUUUAAUCGAGGAUGAUUUGAAGUAUACUGUGGUGCCUUCUCUUCCUACAGAUUCAGAGAUAGCUGCUGCAUUCAUUGACCGCAAGAAAAGGGAGGGAUCUGCUCGUGGAUUUGGCAUUAGGAUAAACCAGUCAGUUGAAGGUUCAGAUUCCUGGGUUGAUGAUCCAAUUACGCGUCACAUAAUAAGUCUUUACACUAAAAAUGAACAGGAGGAAACAAAUCGUACUUUGUGGCCGCUUGUUUUGCACAUAAAGGACCACUACUGUAUCCUUGUACUGCCUUUAGUGGAACCUCAUCAUCUAAAAACAUAUACAAGGAUGUGUAAAAGAUCUGACUGUGGAAAUGCUGUUGGAGCAGAUGAAAGUUUAUCAGCCCUCCUGCUUAAUCUUCCAUCCAUCACAGGGGCAUUUAUGGUGGGUCACAUGAUAGGAGACAUCAUAACAGGCAAUGUGACAGAACCUGAAAUAGUCAUAAGUGCAUCUCCAUCAGUGGGUGGGUUGUUGGAUUCUCUCACUGGAAGUAUUGGUAUCUCAGCAAGAGCAAAACCUGUAGCUGCUCCAGUUGCAGGAUCCACAGCUUCUGGAGCUGCAACCAGUGGAGCAAUGGCAUCUGAUGCUCCAAAGAUUGGUUUGAGGCCCCUAGAUAGAGAUGCUAUUCGCUCUUUUAUAAGCAGUGCGAUGCCUUUUGGCACCCCUCUGGAUCUUAACUACACCAACAUUUCAGCUGUCAAGAUAAAUGGAUUUUCUUCAGCAGAUAUCCCUCCUGCAGACCAGAAGCAACCAGCAUGGAAGCCUUAUCUCUAUAGAGGGAAGCAGAGAAUUCUGUUCACAAUUCACGAGACAGUCCAUGCUGCCAUGUAUGAUCGCGAUGAAAUUUCAGAUAGCAUUACAAUUUCAGGUCAAGUUAACUGUCGAGCAGAAUUAGAAGGGUUGCCCGAUGUGAUGUUCCCACUUAUAGGUUUGGACACUGCUCGUGUGGAGCUAUUAUCCUUCCACCCCUGUGCUCAAGUUCCAGAGCAUGGUAACGAGAAGCAAGCACUUAUGUUCUCACCACCAUUAGGAAAUUUCGUAUUGAUGCGUUAUCAGGCACUUUGUGGUAUGCGGCCUCCGAUCAAGGGUUUUUAUCAGCUUUCAAUGGUUUCAGAAAAUGAAGGUGCUUUUUUGUUUAGGUUACGGCUCAUGGAAGGUUAUAGAGCUCCUCUGUCAAUGGAUUUCUGCACAGUGACAAUACCUUUCCCUAGGAGACGGGUGCUUUCUUUUGAAGGGACACCUUCUAUUGGAACAGUUUCAGUUGCUGAACACUUUGUUGAAUGGAAAAUUAUAACAACCGGUCGAGGAGUAUCAGGAAAGAGUGUUGAGGCAACAUUUCCAGGGACAGUAAAGUUUGCUCCAUGGCAACCUCAAAGAUUGCCUUCCUCAGGGGCAGUACUUGGGAAUAUGGAAGAUGAAGAGAGUGAUGCCGAAACAGAGUCGACGAAUAAUAUGGCGAAUGUGGAAGACUUUUUAAUGGAAAAAAUGAAUAAGGAUCUUCAAGCAGUUGAUUUGGAGGAGCCAUUUUGCUGGCAAGCAUACGAUUAUGCUAAAGUUUCAUUCAAGAUAAUGGGAGGAUCAUUGUCAGGAAUGUCUAUUGAUCCAAAAUCUGUAAGCAUUUUCCCUGCUGUUAAAGCACCUGUGGAAUUUUCAACUCAGGUGACUUCUGGGGAUUAUAUUUUGUGGAACACACUAGGAAAAUGUCCUGUUGCUUCCACACCCAAAGCAUAGAGAUGCAAAAUAUAUUGUUGGCAUAUCUGUUAGGAGCAAUGACAGACGGUUAUCUUGUUGGAUGGCUGCUGAAAUUGAGAGGCGAGCGACAAAGAGGCUGUAUGCAAAAGAGAUGUAUAGUGGGACCAUUUGGUGACCAGUUCCUCUUGCAGUUAGAUUGCACUAGUAGGAAGUGGAUGACUCAUGUUUCUUGGCAUUUGGUAUUUGUGGCACAAGAUUAUUUAAGACGUGUACAACUACUUCUUGGAUACUCAGGUCACACAUAAUCAGUUAGCUGUAUAGUAUGAGAACUAACUGCAUACUUGCUUGUGUUGUCUUGGUGUUUCUACUAGGUGAAAGAUACUCUUCCUAGAGAGACCGAGUCUCGUGCCUUCUGCUGUUACAGACAUGCUUUACUUGAUCAGCAGUUUUCCCCUUGCUUCAUUCGAAUUUUAUAGAACUGGAAAGAUGCUGAGAUUUCUAGCUCUAAGAAGCGUUUGGUUACUGGGUCUUUUACCUCCUGAUGUAACACACAUUUAUCUGGUGUUUGGUUAUGGGUAUUAGCUCAUACUGGUUUAUAUUUUAUACCAAAAUCUUGGUAUUCUUUAUCCUACAUUGAAUGUGGCAUAAUAAUCCCAGGAUUAUAAUCUUCCGAACCAAACAACCUCUUAGUGAAUUGCUUUUUAUUUGUGGGGACACUGGAGUUCAUUGAAUUGGAUCCCUUGACUGAAAGGGUUCUCUGUGUUGUAAGAUAAAUCUUUUUAAGCCUAAUAUAUCCUGUUGUUAGCCUUA